GUAAAAAAUAUAUAUAUGCAUCUCAAAGGACUGAUUUGCAAUUUCCUCCACCUAGCUCCUACUACUUAAAAAAACAUAACUCCGCUUUCUCCUAUCCAAACAAGGUAGUAGGAUUAAGUAAGAAACAAAAAGAACCAAAAAAAGGUAGCAAAACACAAGCUAUAGCCAUGAAGAGAACCAUCAACCUUUUCCUCCUCAUGGCCCCCCUCUUCCUCUCCAUCACUACCUUCCCCGCCACGGCCCGCGACAUCCUCGACCCCGCUCGCAAUCCUUCCAACACCCACAGCGCCUCCGUCGCCCGCUUCAGCACCGACCCAGCGGCCGAGGGGUUCAACGUCCCCGGAUACGGCAGCUGGGGCAACACCGGGGGCUACGGCAGUGGUUACGGCGGUCCAGGAGGUGGAUACGCGCGGAACGGCGUGGCGCCGCCCUCGGUGGUGUGCUCGGAGUGGGGCCCCUGCUACAUGAAGAGGGUGACGUGUCCCGCAAACUGCUUUACAUCAUAUAGCCAUUACGGUCGCAACGGCGGCGGCGGAGGCGGCGGCGGCGGUUGUAGUAUUGAUUGUAGCAAGCACUGCGUUGGCUACUGUUAGAGAACCACUGUUAUCGUAACUGUGCCCUCAAUACAUCCAGGUCGUAUGUAUGUACGUACGUAGGUCUAUAAAGUAGUAAAGUGUAUAAGCUUUUCUUAGUAUAUAUAUAUAUAUAUGUUAGGGUUUUAAGAGCUAGUACUGUGUGUGUUGAGUGUUGGUGCUAUAUAUAUAUAUAUAUAUAUAUAUAUAUAUAUAUAUAUAACUUCUAAAUGAGGGGUGGAAUGAAGUACUUAGAAGAGUGUGGUAGAAUAAAAGAGGGCUUUGUGUGGUGUGAUUGAGAGUGUCGAUCGCUUGUUUUUACGGGUUCUUAUAUUAAUUUGGUACUUAUUUUAUUUAGUUGCA